UUCCUGCUUGGAGGGUACAUCCUGGCCCGCCGUGCAGUGUGCCUGCACCUCUGGGAGAAUGAAGGCGAUCCUUCUGACUGCUGCUCUUCUCGCGUUGGUCUCUAUGCCCUGGUUGCAGGCAGUGUGGCUGGGGAGGCUGGAUCCUAAGCAGCUCCUCGGGCCCUGGUACGUCCUGGCCGUGGCCUCCCGUGCAAAGGACUUCAUGGCGGAGAAGGACAUGAAGAAUGUGGAAGGUGUCGUGGUGACUCUUACUCCAGAUAACAAAUUGAGAGUUCAGUCCUCUCGGCAUGGGCCGGGUGGGUGUCACCAGAGCACUGUGGAGCUGCUGAAGCACACUUCCCAGUGGAUGUUUGAGAACCCCUCUCUGGGUAUAUUGGAUUAUCGGGUACUGGGCACUAACUUCAAAGACUAUGCUGUUGUCUUCACACAACUGGAAUUUGGGGAUGAGGUCUUCAACACAGUGGAGUUGUACAGUCGGACAGAGAUGGCCAGCCACGAGGCCGUGCAGAUGUUUACCAAAUGGAGCCAGGGUCUGGGCUUCUUGUCUCAACAGCAGGCUCAGCUGCAGAAGGACUUUACUUGUGCACACAAGAUCCUCCAGGGGCCUCCCAGGCAGCCAACGAUGGCCAGGCUGAAGCCCUCAGAAGGAGGGACACUGCCUGAAGCCACACCUCCUACCUCUUCCCCACCCACGGAAGCAACCAGGACCCACCCCUACCCUACAACAGGGCAGAUGCAGUGA